ACCUCUGUCGGAAAUCACGGUGUCGGUAAUCGUGCCCUGCCAGAUCGAUCCUGCGACGUUGUUUCUAGUACCAAUAUUUUAUUGAGUGUUUCUCCUUUGGUUCUAUGCGCUACAAAAUUGGGAUGUCAAUCAAGUAAAGUAGCUCGUUCGGUGCUUGUUCUGUUGACGUCGUCGUUGUGGCUUCUUCCCAUUUCAGAGUUACGCGAAUUGCCACAGUGGGUUUGAUUACCUUUGCAAGGAAAGUGCAGAAUUUCGAGGUGGGUCGACGGAAAUAAUACUACAUGGAGAGUGAGCGAAGCUGGAGGCAUGAAGGAGGGAAGUUUAAACGGCGGCUGUCGUCGUUGAAGGUGCGGAAGCCUGCGAUUGAGCAGGCUCUGCUUGGAGAAAGGGGAGCGGAGGAGGGGGAUGUCGAGGCUGGGAACUCUGGUCGCCGCACUCGUGUUGUUGGGAAGGAGAAGCCCCCUGCUGCGUUCGGAUUGGGUGGGGAUUACUUGAAGAGUAUUGUUUAUGGUGGAUUGGACGCCAUCGUCACCAGUUUCGCUCUCGUGGCCUCGGUCUCUGGAGGAGACCUUCCUGCAGGUGCUGUUUUGGUUCUGGGUUUUGCCAACCUUAUUGCAGAUGGCAUAUCUAUGGGCUAUGGAGAUUACCUAUCAAGUAAAGCUGAGAACGAUUACGCAGCAAACCAGCAGCUAAUUGCCGAUUGGGAGGUCGAAAAUGACAUCCACAGCGAGAUGAUGGAUCUUGUAUCUGCUUAUCAAGAGCAAGGGAUGGAGAAAGAUGAUGCUGACAAGAUUGUUGAUAUUCUCUCCAAAUACAAGGAUAUCAUGGCUGAUAUGAAACUGACGAUGACACAAGGUCUUCUUCCACCGGAUGCCGAGGACAGCCCCUUCAAAAAUGGCUGCGUGACAUUCAUCUCAUUCCUUGCCUUUGGGUCUACACCGCUGCUGACCUACUUGAUUCUCAAGCCUUUCACUAGCAGCAACGAUGUGAAAUUCCUUUCAGCUUGCAUUGUUACUAUUCUUGCUCUUGCUCUUCUCGGUGCUGCAAAAGCUCGCAUCUCAGGGCAGAAAAUGCUAUCCUCCAUAGCUGUGGUUGUCUUCAAUGGCGGGAUUGCAGCUGCUGCAGCUUACGGCAUCAGCUACCUUCUCAACAACGUCUUUGGACUUGGAGAAUGAAUGACAGGAAAUAGUUGUUUUCUUUCGAAGUUUUUCAUGCUCGAAACAUGUGUGGCUACACGUAUCUCUCCUUCAAAUACAUGCAGAAACAUGAGUUUGCCAGUUCUGGAUUAUUCAACUCUGUAAGAGCAAUUGUAAUGGCACUCGUUGCUCUUGUAAAUUGGGACUGGACUCCACAACCACUGAUGCAAUAGGUCUGUCAUGUUUGAAUGAUAUGUUAGAAUCUGGUUGUUGUUACAUGCUAGAGUUGAUCAUACUGCACCAAUAACUAUAAAUUACCCAACCUGGGUUAGGCAGUGUUUCCAAGGGUAAGUAAACCCAGAGAUUCCUACACAAAUAGACUUCAUGAAGGGCAGUUCUUGGCAGUUAGUUUACCUUUUGGUCCUUACUGAUGAUGUUAUAUGCUCUUAAGAGGAUUUUUAACCAAAACUUGACUGAUUUUUUUCACGUUAUGGACAUGAUCAA